AUGCCUUCUAACGAACCAUCUUUGAUUUCUAUUUCUAUGCAAAAUAAAAAUAACUGUCAAAACGAAUCACUUAAACAAUAUCAAAAAGAAAUAGGAGAUUAUAAACGUGAUAUAUUGAUGGAGACUUUGAAAAACUAUGAGACAAUUAUUGAAGAAAACAAAUAUCUAUAUCAACAAGAAUUGUUUCAAUUUGAGUAUGGACUCUCCAAACAUAUUUAUCAAAUCAACGAUUUAAUGAAUUAUCUCAAUGAUUAUCUCAAUCACCGAACUGAUCGUAUCAUACCUGAAAUUCGUGAUAAACAAGCGAUAUUUCGUAUGAAAUUAAAGUAUCCACGUCAUUGUCGUAAAUUAUCAUCAUCAAACAUAAACAAAAGCAUUAGUAUCUAUCCAGAAGCAAUCGUUGAAACAUCAGAAAAUUUUUUCACUCGUCAAGAAUUAAGUUUUCUUUCAUCUACAGGUACUACAUGA